CUCAUGUCCCUUCUCUCUCUCUCUCUAAAAUACUCAUGUCCCUUCUCUCUCUCUCUCUAAAUUCAAUUUAAAUUAAUACUGCUGCCCUUUCUUUCAAGAUUGCCAACCAUCUCCAAAAGACGACCCCUUCAUCUUACCAGUGUCUCUCUCUCUCUAAGUUGAAUUUAAAUUAAUACUGCUGCCCUUUCUUUCAAGAUUGCCAACCAUCUCCAAAAGACAACCCCUUCAUCUUACCAGUCUCUCUCUCUCUCUCUCUAAAUUCAUUUCAAGGAAUACUCGUGAGUCGAGUCCUCCCCUUUCUUUGAAGUGUGCCUGCCAACCAUCUCCAAGACAUCUCUCUCACUCACUUUCUAGCUCAUUAACUGUAAGUGUUUCCAUCUCUAUUCCUCUAAAAUGGCUGAGACUGCUGAGUCAUGCAGGCCUCCAUCUCUUCUUCUACCCAUGAAAACCACAUCAAUCAUCUGCUCAAAUGGCCUCCAUUCCAAUGUAACACCACCUCCUCACUGGAAAAAGGCCUCUGAAGCCUUGGAAACCAGCCAUUUUCAUGAAGUCUCUGAAAUGAUCUCCCAAUUCAACCAAGCCCACACUGUGACCCUCCAAGGAACCUCCCUUACUGUGGCCCAAGUAACUGCCAUCACCCGCCGAGCCAACAUCUCGGUCCACCUUGACGAGCCCACUGCUAGAGCCAGGGUGGCCGAGAGCUCCAACUGGGUUCGCGAAAAUAUAGCGAGGGGCACCCACAUCAAUGGUGUCACCAGUGGCUUUGGUGCCACCUCUCAUAGCCGAACCAAUAAGACCACUGAGCUCCAGGCCGAGCUCAUUCGCUUCCUCAAUGUGGGGGUUAUGGGAAAAGAGCAUUUAUCUGUGACCUAUGCGAGAGCGGCCAUGGCGGUUAGGACCAAUACGCUCAUGCAAGGGUAUUCGGGUAUCCGGUGGGAGAUCCUCGAAGCCAUGGCUAAGCUCACAAGCCUCAAUCUCAUUCCCAAAAUUCCCCUUCGUGGGACUAUUACGGCCUCUGGUGACCUUGUCCCUCUCUCCUACAUCGCAGGCCUUCUCACUAACCGACCGAAUUCUCGAGUUUUGACAGAAGGUGGAGAGGAGAUAGCAGCUUUGGAGGCGUUGAGGAGGGCGGGGAUCGAAAACCCAUUUGACUUGCAGGCCAAAGAAGGGCUCGCGCUUGUUAAUGGCACAGCUGUGGGUGCAGCAGUGGCUUCUUCGGUUUGUUUUGACGCGAAUUUGCUCGCUCUUUUGGCUGAGGUUCUCUCUGCGCUCUUCUGUGAGGUUAUGCAGGGGAAGCCUGAGUUCACUGACCCUCUCACGCAUCAAUUGAAGCACCAUCCAGGCCAGAUUGAAGCUGCUGCUGUAAUGGAGUUUCUUCUUGAUCAGAGUGAUUACAUGAAUGAAGCUAAGAUCAAGCACAAGAAGGACCCGCUCUCUAAGCCUAAACAAGAUCGCUACGCUCUGAGGACUUCACCCCAAUGGCUUGGCCCUCAGAUCGAAGUGAUUCGAAUGGCUACGCACUCCAUAGAGAGGGAAAUAAACUCGGUGAAUGAUAACCCAUUGAUCGAUGUAGCUAGAGACAUGGCUCUCCAUGGAGGAAACUUUCAGGGGACCCCAAUUGGGGUAUCCAUGGAUAAUCUGAGGAUUGCCAUUGCUGCAAUUGGUAAGCUCAUGUUUGCUCAAUUCUCUGAAUUAGUUUGUGAUUAUUAUAACAAUGGGUUGCCCUCGCAUUUGAGCGGCGGGCCAAACCCAAGUCUUGAUUAUGGCAUGAAAGGAGCAGAGAUAGCCAUGGCUGCUUACACAUCAGAGCUUCAAUAUCUGGCAAACCCAGUCACCACCCAUGUCCAGAGUGCUGAGCAGCAUAACCAAGAUGUGAACUCUUUGGGCCUCAUAUCGGCUCGAAAGAGUGCCGAGGCCAUAGAGAUACUCAAGCUCAUGUCUGCAACUUUCUUGGUCGCUCUUUGCCAAGCUGUUGAUCUCAGGCAUUUGGAGGAAAACAUGAGAGAAAUUGUGAAGCAUGUGGUCAUGCAAACCGCUAGGAAGACUUUGUACAUGGAAGAGGACAGUGGGUCUCUGUUGGAUACGAGAUUUGACGAGAAGGAGCUUCUACAAGUGGUUGAUCACCAGCCGGUUUUCUCUUACUUAGACGACCCGGCAAACCCUUCCUAUGCUCUUUUGCUCCAGCUUCGCGAAGUCUUGGUCGAGAAAUCUCUCAAAAGUGAAAAAGAAGGUGAUGGGUUCUCCAUAUUUAAGAGAAUUGGCGUCUUUCAAGAAGAACUAAAGGCCAGACUCACAGAGGAGAUACCAAAGGCCAGAGAGAGAUUCGAUGCAGGGGAUUUUCCAGUCCCGAACCGGAUUAAGAGGUGCCGGACUUAUCCUGUUUACAAAUUUGUGAGGAGUGAGAUGGGAACUGCUCUUCUCCGUGGGACUAAGAAGGUUAGUCCUGGUGAAGAGAUUGAAAAGGUUUAUGAGGGGAUUAGUGAGGGAAAAUUGGGGAAUGUUUUGUUGCAGUGCUUGAGCUUUUGGAAUGGAUUAGCAGGUCCAUUUACCCCUCACUCAGUGCCAGCUUCACCUGCACAGUGCAAUCCAACAUACUGGACCUGGUUUGAGAACACAAGAUCUCCCUCUGCUACAAGUGGGAGGGGCUAUUGGAACAUGUAAAGCUCCAUGUAACAGAUUGAUUCUCUCGCUCUUUCUUCUUCUUCUUCGCUCUUAUUUGUUCUUGCUUUCUUGGUGUCUACAACAGUAUAGGUUCUUCGUUUCUGUCUCUUAGUUGUACUGUUGGUUUGUAGCAGAACCAGUUGCUCUGUUUAGUUUAUUCUCUUUGUAUUUCUUUUCAUACACUUCUCAGUCAUUGUACUUCAAUUGUAAGUUAGUCCCAUUCGAAGAAAGAUUAAUGGAAAUUAAGAGCGUCAGUCUAUUGAGCA